CCACUUCCGGUGACUUUUAGGACAACCAAUAGCUAGUCUCCUUACUGAGUGGUGGCAACUGUGCUGGAAAGCGGGACCAGCGAGACCGUCCUCGUUCAUCUGCCAAGUCAUGGCGUCUGCCAGCACCGGGACCAGAGUGUCCUGCGGGAGAGAUUUAAAUUGCGUGCCGGAGAUAGCCGAUACAUUAGCAGCGGUCGCCAAACUCGGGUUCGACUUUGUUUGUAUGCCGCUUUUCCAUCCGAGGUUCAAGAGGGAGUUUGAGCUGGAACCCGCUAAAUCUCGACCCGGUGCUCAUACACGGUCUGACCUGCUGCUGUGUGGAAGAGAUUGGAAUACGCUUGUUGUUGGCAAGCAGUCUCUGUGGAUUGACACAGAUUCAGAAAUUGAGACCGUACGCAGGAACUCGGAAGCUGCUUUGGCACAGGAACUACACUUUUCUGCAUACUUGGGUCUGCCCGUCUUCAUGCUGCCUUUGAAUGGGCCUCAUAAAGCCAACCUAGCACGUCUGCUGCUUAAUCACAUCCAGUCUGGGCACCACACCACAAACUUCUGGAUUCGCGUUCCACUGAUGGCUCCUGAAGACAUGCGGGAAGACCUGAUAGAGAAUGAGCCGAUCACUUGUACUGAUGAGACGACAAUGGAUGAGAAGACCUGGAACUGGUGGCACUCAUUUCGAACACUUUGCGAUUACAACAAGAGGAUCUGCGUGGCUAUUGAAGUCGGAGCAGACAUGCCUUCAGAAACUGUGAUUGACAAGUGGCUCGGGGAGCCCAUCAAAGCAGCCAUACUUCCUACCAGCAUCUUUUUAACCAACAAGAAGGGCUUCCCUGUUUUGUCAAAAGCGCAUCAGCGAAUCAUUGUCCGUCUUUUCAAGUUGGAGGCACAAUUCAUCUUUACAGGCACGAGUCGCCACACUGAGAAGGACUUCCGUUCCUACCUGCAGUAUCUGGAAUACCUCAGUCAGAAUCGGCCAGCGCCUAAUUCCUAUGAGCUCUUUGCUAAAGGUUACGAAGACUACCUCCAGUCUCCGUUACAGCCCCUGAUGGAUAACCUGGAGUCCCAGACGUAUGAAGUGUUUGAGAAGGAUCCUAUUAAAUAUUCACAAUACCAACAGGCUGUGUAUAAAUGCCUGCUGGAUCGAGUCCCAGACGAACAGAAAGACACCAAUGUUCAAGUGUUAAUGGUGUUGGGGGCAGGUCGGGGUCCCCUGGUCAAUGCAUCACUGCGUGCCGCCAGGCAAGCAGACAGAAAGCUGAAAGUGUAUGCCGUGGAGAAAAAUCCCAACGCCAUCAUCACGUUAGAAAACUGGCGCUUUGAGGAGUGGGGCGAUCAGGUAUCCGUGGUGUCGUCUGACAUGCGAGACUGGGUCGCACCCGAGAAGGCCGACAUUAUUGUCAGCGAACUGCUUGGGUCGUUUGGCGAUAAUGAACUUUCCCCCGAGUGCUUGGACGGAGCGCAGCACUUUCUCAAAGAUGACGGCGUGAGCAUUCCCUGCUCCUACACGUCUUUCCUGGCGCCACUCUCCUCAUCCAAGCUUUAUAACGAAGUCCGAGGCUGUCGGGAGCGCGACAAGGAUCCCGAGUGCCAUUUUGAAAUGCCAUAUGUCGUACGCCUCCACAACUUCCACCAGCUGGCUGACCCCAAACCAUGCUUCACUUUCACCCACCCCACAAAAGAUAUGAACAAUAAUCGUUACCAGUGCCUCAAAUUCUCAGUGGGUUGUAACACUGUACUCCACGGCUUCGCCGGCUACUUUGAGACCACGCUCUACAAAGACGUUACUCUCAGUAUCAAACCUGACACGCAUUCACCCGGAAUGUUUUCUUGGUUCCCCAUUCUCUUCCCUCUCAAACAACCCAUCUCUGUGUCUCGGGAUGACGACGUCACGGUGCGAUUCUGGCGCUGCAACAACGGGAAGAAAGUGUGGUACGAAUGGGCCGUGACGGAGCCAACCUGCUCGGCCAUUCACAACCCGGCGGGACGCUCCUACACGAUCGGACUGUAAACAAUCACACGCAGUCGUCCACUCUCGUACGUACCUGUCUCUUAGUGUCGGGAUGUGAGUACGCCUUGUCUUGUCCGCUGUACCAGGAGUCGGAUUAGGUGGAAGACAAUGCACUUAUUCAACUUCUUCAGCGUUCUUGUGUUGUCUUUUUUUUUUUUUUUACUCGUA